UUCUGUCAUGCCUAUUUUUGAUACAGUAAUUUGCUCGGGUGGAAUAUCUGUGUUUUGGUUGUUCGACGAUGUCUACUGCUCAUAGGCAUCGGUAUAAAAAUGCUGCUCUGGAUUCUUCUGAAAUGCGUCGUAGACGCGAGGAAGAAGGAGUUCAGAUAAGGAAACUUAAACGCGAACAACAGUUAAUUAAAAGACGAAAUGUGGUGUGCGAAACACCCCUGCCUGGAAAAGAUGACGGAGAACAAGAAGUUGAAAUGCAAACCAAUGUUCAAUGUAAUAUACAAGAGCAAAAUACUUCGAAUAAGUACUUCGAUCUAACUCCGCUUUGUGAGCCAUUUCCAACGUCAGGGGAUGUUAUAAUUAAAAAAGAAUUGUUGGACCAGUUAAAUAAUGACAACGAGGCUGAUCAGCUUCAAGCCACACAAAAAUUUCGAAAACUUUUGUCUCGUGAUCCAAAUCCUCCGAUAGAAGAAGUUAUACAAAAGGGAAUUGUUCCGCGUUUCGUAUCAUUUCUUUCUAAUAAUUCUAAUGCUUCAUUACAAUUUGAAGCUGCAUGGACAUUAACUAACAUCGCCUCAGGAACGUCGCAACAAACUAAAAUAGUGAUUGAAGCUGGAGCAGUACCAAUAUUUAUUGAACUUUUAUUGAGUCCUCAUGACGAUGUCCAAGAACAGGCAGUAUGGGCACUGGGCAACAUUGCUGGGGACUCUCCAAGCUGCCGUGAUUUUUUACUCAAUUCUGGUAUUCUCCAGCCGUUAUUGCAUGUCCUUAGCACUACCAAUCGUUUAACCUUGAUAAGGAAUGCUGUAUGGACUCUUUCAAAUUUGUGUCGCGGUAAAAAUCCACCUGCUGAUUUUUCGAAAAUUGUAAAUGGUCUACCAAUACUAGCUCGACUACUAAAUCACACAGAUCCAGAUAUUCUCAGUGAUGCAUGCUGGGCAAUCAGCUACUUAUCUGAUGGUCCAAAUGACAAAGUGCAAGCUGUUAUAGAUGCGGGGGUCUGUCGUCGUCUUGUGGAACUGUUGAUGCAUCCACAGAACAACGUUGUUACAGCGGCACUUCGUGCAGUGGGUAAUAUCGUAACAGGAGAUGAUGUUCAAACUCAAGUGAUAUUAAACUGUAAUGCGCUGUCUUGCAUAAAUAUGUUAUUAAAUUCACAAUUUGAAACUAUAAAAAAAGAAGCUUGUUGGACCAUUUCUAACGUAGCGGCUGGAAAUAGACAACAAAUCCAGGCUGUGAUCGACGCCAAUAUAUUUCCUGUACUUAUAACCAUAAUGCAAAAUGCCGAUUUUAAAACCAAAAAGGAGGCAGCUUGGGCUAUAACAAAUGCGACAAGCAGCGGAACAGCCGAGCAGAUAAGAUAUUUGGUUCAUGUGGGCUGUAUACCACCUAUGUGCGAUUUUUUGACUGUGGUCGACUCAGACAUUGUUCAAGUGGCUCUAAAUGCAUUGGAAAAUAUUCUGAAAGCUGGGGAAAAAUUCGCUGCUCGUCCUAAUCCAUAUGCCAUAGCAAUUGAGGAGUGUGGAGGUUUAGAUAAAAUUGAAUACCUACAGUCCCAUGAAAAUCGCGACAUAUAUUAUAAAUCCUUUUACAUAAUUGAACAAUAUUUUAACAACGAGGAGGAAGACACCCGCGUGGCACCUACAGAAGAAGAAUCACAUUACUCUUUUAAUCCUAAUAUAGAUACUCCUAAUGGUGGAUUUUUCUUUUAACCCAAUCUGAAUUUCGAAGAAAAUGUUAUAAAUAUAUAUAAAUGUAAUGGUAUUUCUUAUAAUUACUCUAAAACUUCCACAAAGCAUGAAUAACAACAAAUUUUUUGUUAUUGUAUAUUAACAAAGUAAUAUUGUUUUAUAUUUUUAUUUCAAUACACAUAAGUAGAAAUUGUUUACAUUCAUACCUAUAUGUAUUUUGUAAAUUGACUAUUAAUGCCUAAACAUUAUGCAACAUAAUUUACUUUCAAAUUGUUCUAAAUGAAACUUGUAAUAAAUAAUAAUUACUGAAAUGUUCA